AUGGAUGACGCGGAAAUAGUCCGAAUGGUUGACCAGUUGAAUCUAGCACAUAGUGACGAGGAAGAAAUCGUGGCACCAAGAAGUCGGCAUCCACGUAAGAUCUACAGUGAUAGUGAAGCGAGCGAUGAUAGCGAAUCAGAAUUAGAGGGAAACGAUACCGAGGAAGAGCUGAGAGAUUUCCGUGAAGUUACCGUGGCCAACGACAGCGAAUAUAAUCCUCGCCCACAAUUUAUGGAGAUUGCUGGGCCUAAACAUAUGCCAGCAAGAAAUUCCAUGCCGAGAGCGUAUUUUGAUCUUUUUUUUACGGAAGAAUUUUUGAGCUUAUUGAGAAAUGAGACGAAUCGAUAUGCCAGGCAGUUCCUCAAUAGAAUCAAUGUUCCCUCAGGAUCCAGAACAACAGAGUGGAAGGCAACCACAGUUUCAGAAGUAAGGGCUUUUAUUGCUGUGCUCUUGGAAAUGGGUAUAACACGUAGACCGACACUUUUCAGUUAUUGGUCAACAAACCACAGACAAAUCCCAUGGUUUGGCCAAAUGUUCAGUCGCAACAGAUUUCAAUUAGUUUGUAGGUUUUUCCACGUAGUAGACAAUGAAAAAUUACCAGCACGUGAUAAUCCAGAAUAUGACCCUACAGCGAAAUUUCAACCAGUCGUUAUCCAUGCAAACAAUAAGUUCAAAUUUCAUUAUUCGCCUAACCAACAUCUGAGUAUUGACGAAUCAUUAGUCGGCUCGAAGUGUAGAACGUCGUUGAUUCAAUAUCUGCCAAAUAAAAAGCAUCACAGGUGGGGUAUCAAGUUUUGGAUGUUGACUGAUGCAGUUACCCAUUACUGCUUAUCGUUCUUCUGCUAUAGAGGAGCUAGGGAUCAAACCGAUAAAGAAGAAAUAAAGAAGAAUGGUCUUGGCCACGUCGUGAUUCAUAAAUUAUUGAAUAUGGGCAGUUAUUUUAUGAAAGGCUAUCACGUGGUAGCAGACAACUUUUUUACAAGCAUUCCCUUAGCAAGAGCACUGUUUGAAAAAGGGACAUAUCUGACUGGCACAAUCCGCAGCAACAGGAAAUAUAUUCCAUCAUUUAUGAAGACUAAAUUGCAAGAGGGCGCAUCUAAGUACGCCCGAAAUAAUGAAGUCUUACUAUUAGCGUACCGGGAAAAAAAGUCGCAGAAGAAAAAUGUUUUACUGAUGUCCACAUUUGAGAAGGCUCAGAACAAAACGACUACAAUCAGGAAAAGGAAUGCACAAAUACAGGUCGAAAAACCAGCAAUCGUAGCUGAAUAUAACAAACACAUGGGAGGCGUAGACACGUCAGACAUGAUGCUAUAUUCAUACUUAGAUGAAAGAAGAGCCAUCAAAUAUUGGAAAAAAGUAGUUUUCUCCAUUUUCUCCCGAAUGGUGUUGAAUGCCUACAUAUUAUAUCGGCACAAUACAGACGGCAAAACCAAAACAAGACUGGAAUUCAUUACUGAUGUUAUCCAGUCGAUAACCACUGAAUGGUUGGCACUAAAGAGGAUAGCACACGACACACCAUUAGCGGAAACUUCAACAAAUGUGCCCCGCAUAGGUGUACGGAAACUGCCUGAAAAACUGGAAAGGGUUUGCGUGGUGUGCAGCAGAAAGGAUGGUGGCCCAAAGAGAAAAUCACGCACAGUUUGCAAUAAGUGCAACAAAGGAUUGCAUGGAGUGUGCAUUAGUAGCCACGAAUGCUAA